AUGACGCAGGGAAAGGACACAGUGAAGAGAGCCCAGUCCACUCUGCCGGAUCCACAGCUGGUCUCGGGAGCGCUGAUAGACGUGGCCAAACACCUGGGCAACCUGACCUUCAGAGUCUGGGAUAAGAUCCAGGACAUUGUCACAUACACUCCUGUGACUCUGGACCCCAACACUGCCCACCCACGCCUCAUCCUGUCUGAGGAUCUGACCAGUGUGAGACUCAGUCAGACGAGCCAGCAGCUUCCUGACAACCCAGAGAGGUUUGAUUACUAUAGACGUGUCCUGGGCUCUGAGGGCUUUAACUCAGGGACACACAGCUGGGAUGUUCAGGUGGGAGACAGUACAUGCUGGUUCAUGGGUGUGGUAGCAGAGUCUGUACAGAGGAAGGGAAACAAACUGGGUGGAUACUGGAGAAUCGUUUUCAUCAAGGGUAAAUACACAGCAGUAUCCUCAUCAUGGUCAGCCACUGUUCUCACAGUGGGACAGAACCCCCAGAGGAUCAGAGUGCAGCUGGACUGGGACGGAGGAAAGCUGUCAUUCUCUGACCCUGAUAGAAACACACUCCUACACACACUCACACACACCUUCACUGAGAGAGUGUUUCCAUACAUUGAUAAUAUGUGCACUCUCCACCCUCUGAGGAUCGUACCAGUGAAGGCCUCUGUAACAGUAGAACAGCACAGUCGUUAGAGAUGGUAGUACCUCUAUCUGGAACAGUACAACAGCUCAUUGGGUGUUUUUUUACAACCUUCCUGUCAUGAAGGAAACCAACCUCUAACAUGAGCAUCUAGGUACAAAGAACAAAGAUCAAUAUGAGAGUGAAUUAGACUGGCUAGCAUGGUGUUCUUAAUUAUAGCACAGUCAACAGACAAAGCACAGUACCAUCAAACCUUUCCCCUACAAGGAAAGGGUCUUCCCCCUUUGUCCUUAUCUCCCAGAGCAAGAGCUUCAAAGCUUCUAUCCCAGCAUGGGGUCAGAAACAGAGGCCACACGGCCCACAGUAUCAGACAAAGGAUUUCUAAGGAAGAACUUUCUUAUGUGGAUUUACACACAUAUUCUCAAGGACUACAUGGCUCAUGGACACUAUUUCAAUGACAGUAGUUGAUGUGUUAUAAUGUGUGCUUUUCUCAUUUACUUAGAACGUUGUUUAAUUGAUGUUUGAUUAUAACUUCCCUUCAGGAAGAGUUAUGUUAGUCAAUUUUAGAUCCAAUAUAAUUGUGUCAUACUAACAAAACCAUUUAUGAAUGUUGUAUUGUUAUAUUCUGAAGUUUAAGCAUUCCAUGGACAUUUGAAAUAACGGAACUCAAAGCUAGCAGCCACUUCACACCUCUAGGCAGAUCUCAGGAUGACGCCCAGGUGGGGAAUAACUGACCAAUGACCGAGUUCACCUUCACAUGGAUACCCCCCUGUUCUUUGGAGUAUAAAAACCCCAAACGUACAAUCCCCCCCGCUUGUUUGUAGGAAUAACUGAAGUGAAACGCGUCAUUCUGAAACUCCGACUUUUCGGUUCCAGAAAAGCUGAGUCGGAGUACGUCCACUCUGAGUUAAGCGCGGGCAUGAGAACUAUUAAAAGCCAACAUCAAUGGAGCUCCGAUACUAGGAUCCACCAUGGCACCCGGCGACAAAAAACGUUGUCCUACUUCACCACACUUCAGAUAUAAGUUUUAUUUCGUGUUUAUGGUGAAUCUGAGCACAUAUUCCGUAAAAAGCAACAUGGCUGGAGCAGCAUAGAGACAAUUAGUGUGGGAGACAAUUGCUGCCAAGUCAAUGCAUACAUUUGAAUGCAAUAGCUAGUCCAUACAUUGAACAUUUAACCCCACUGUCCGUUAAUAUUACAGAAGAAAAAGUGGUGGACUUAAUAAAAUAGCAUGUUCAAUGUUAUAUUAAAUAUAAAAACAUACUACGAACAGGUAAGGCAUAUUUUGCUUACGCUUGUGAUUGUAGCCUCAACGUCACCUUGGUUUUAAUCAUGUUCGACAUGAUACAAAGUAAAUAUCAGUUGGUGCCUGAUUCAAGUUGUAGUAGCAGUUACCCCCAACAGAAUGCUUUUCAUCAAAGGAUGAUGAUGAUUAAGAUGACGAAGAGACAUUGACUGCUGCCGCAGAAAUGGAUGCAGAGAAUUAUGUAUGGUAGCUACUGGUAGUUCUCUCCCCAUGUACUUUUAUUUACAGACUUGUGUGGAAUUGUCAGUUACACUGACAUUAUGAGAAUAAUGAAUAUAAAAAACGAUUUGCACAUUCUGAUCCUGUUGAACAGAGCAUGGAUGCUGUAUACAGUGAGAUGUUAAUUUAAUGGCCGGUGAAUUCUGCAUGUGGAACUGUGAAAUGUAAUGGAAUUUCAUGUAUUGGAGAGAUGGUGUAGGCCUACUUAUGGUAGAAGAAUAAAGGCUAAUCUUGAAAAAGAUUUACUGGAACACCAGUUACAGGAAAGUGCAUGGUCACAGGUGAUGUUAAUUGUAAGAAUAAUAGUCUAUAUGAUGACUAAUUGUUUAAUUAGCCGAAUUUCCAUUUUUACCAAGCGAUGGUGUACUUAGGGCAGAAGAAUAAAGGCUAAUAUUGUAAGGCUAUCAACCUGCCCCCACCUCUCAUAUGGUAAAAUCUGGAGUUACUGGAUGGAGUCUCAACUUGAUGGCUCUCACACAUGAUUGUGUAACUUACUGUAGCAUUGCUAUUCAUGUUGAUAAGGGUCAAGAUUGUGGUGUGACUGGUUGUUUUUGGGUAUAAAAGGAAUUGUGAAGCAUUGUUCUGUGGAUUCUUGAUGUCCUGAGACCUUCUCCUCAGCUCUGGCUUGUCCUACUCCUCCUUCCUCACCUCUUGCUUUCUAUCUCUGGUUUACAAUAAUCAUGGUAGUGUAGGUAAGAAUUAACCUUCAUUUGUAAUUGUUUUCAUUCAUUUGCAAUAUGAUGCAGGAUACAUACAUGUAGAAAACCCCCGACAUACAUACAUGAUAUGUAAUCAUUACUGGGUUUGUCGUGGUGUCACCUCCUGGUGGGUGAGGGUGUAAACAUCAAACACUGCAUCAACACA